AUGGAGACGACACUUCCGCUCCCCUUUCUCAUCUCUGUACCAGUCCCUCCUAGUUGGGCUUCGAACGAGGAGGGGCAAGGUCUAAGUCAAGAGGAAGUGGCAUGUUUAGGUUGCGUCUUCUUUGAGGUGACUCAACAGAAUUUUGAAGAGCUCCUUGAUAACUUGGGUCAGCUCAAUGUUGCAACUCUUCAUACUUUCUUUGAUGCCACUGGCCUGGAAUCGAAAGAUGAUGUUGUCACGCUACUAGACAACGGCGCCCGAAAGGUUUUCGUUCAACCCGAGAGGCUGCCGGAUUUUACAGAGUUUGGUAGAAGAGUUGCCCCGGCGAUAACAAAUCUAAAACAGUUGUCUUAUGGGACGGAGCACGGGCUACUCCUCAAAGACUUCGACCAACGAAGCUGCGAUGUAUCUGGUUUCAUGGAAUCGAGCAAGGCCACCAAGAUGCCACCCCUAUACAUCAAACCCAUCCAAGAUACUAUCUAUGACCAUUUUGUCGACAUAUGUUCACAGCUAUCCGCUAUUCCCAUUAUUCCAUCUACGGAACUAACAACCAAGAAAGAAGAAGCGGAAAAGAAGAUUUUCGUCGCAAAACUAUUUUCCAUCGCGUGGAAGUCGGAUAGACAAGAUAAGCUUCUACCUACGGUUGUUUGUGACGAAGGAGGAAUGGCACUUGGUUUAGUGUAUAGUAGUGAAGAGAGCAUUGCCGAAUCGCUAAGGACUAAGACAGGUGUUUACCAGAGUCGGAAACGAGGGCUCUGGUAUAAAGGUGCUACGUCUGGUGACACUCAAGAGUUGGUAAGAAUAUCGUUGGACUGCGAUAACGAUGCCUUAAGAUUCGUAGUAAGACAGACAGGAAAGUUUUGUCACCUCGACCAAUACGGAUGUUUUGGUGAUCUGAAGGGGAUUUCGAAGCUGGAGCAAACGUUACUGUCGAGGAAACAAUCAGCCCCCGAAGGUUCGUAUACAAAACGGCUUUUCUCAGAUGCGAAGUUGCUUCGCGCGAAGAUAAUGGAGGAGGCCGAAGAAUUAUGCGACGCGCAGACACCAGAAGAAGUUGCAUUCGAAGCAGCUGACCUAAUUUACUUUGCCUUAACAAAAGCUAUUAGUGCUGGAGUAAGACUUUCGGAUAUUGAGAAGAAUCUCGAUGCCAAGAGUUUGAAGGUCAAAAGAAGACCUGGAAAUGCAAAGGGUCAGUGGGCUAAGAAAGAAGGCAUUACAAAUGGCACUGCGGAGAAGGCUAAGGAGGCCGCAAAAGAAUCUGCGACACCAUUGACAUCUGCACCCGCUGUCGAAGCUCACACCACACCAGAUACUGACAGAAUUACUCUAAAGCGGGUAGAUGUCAGUAAGGUCAACGCAAUCGAAGUCUCAGAAGCAUUGAAGAGACCAUCCCAGAAAUCAGCAGAUGCAAUCCUGAAUAUUGUUACUCCUAUCAUCAGCGAUGUUCGAAAGGGUGGAGAUAAGGCCCUGCUAUCUUAUACUCACAAGUUUGAAAAGGCGACCUCCUUAACUUCGCCCGUUCUUAAGGCCCCAUUCCCACAGUCGCUCAUGAAUCUCCCGCCUGAGACUAUCAAAGCCAUUGAUGUCUCCUUCGAAAAUAUUCGCAAAUUCCACGCUGCUCAGAAAGAACAACCCUUAAAGGUAGAAACAAUGCCGGGAGUUGUUUGCAGCAGAUUCUCUAGACCUAUUGAACGAGUUGGUCUUUAUGUGCCCGGCGGAACUGCGGUCUUGCCUAGUACUGCACUCAUGCUUGGUGUGCCGGCUAUGGUUGCUGGCUGUAAGAAGAUUGUUAUUGCAUCUCCACCGCGUUCUGAUGGUAGCAUUACGCCAGAAAUUGUCUACGUUGCCCACAAGGUUGGCGCCGAAAGCAUUGUCUUAGCCGGUGGCGCACAAGCUGUUGCAGCAAUGGCGUACGGUACGGAAAGUGUUAGCAAGGUAGACAAGAUUCUCGGCCCCGGAAACCAGUUCGUGACUGCAGCCAAGAUGUUCGUUAGCAAUGACACCAACGCUGGUGUUAGCAUCGAUAUGCCAGCUGGCCCGUCUGAAGUCCUCGUAGUGGCGGACAAGGAUGCUAAUCCGGCUUUCGUCGCUUCGGAUCUGUUAUCUCAAGCCGAACAUGGUGUGGAUAGUCAGGUUGUUUGUAUUGCAAUUGAUCUCAAUGAGCAGCAAUUGCAAGCGAUCGAAGACGAAGUCCACAAGCAAGCCAUGGCUUUGCCACGAGUAAAUAUUGUCAGAGGUGCUAUUAGUCACUCCGUCACAUUUGUCGUCAAAGAUGUGGAAGAGGCGAUGAGGAUUAGCAAUGAAUAUGGUCCUGAGCACUUGAUCCUACAGAUUAAGAAUGCCGAGCAGGUAGUAGACCAAGUCAUGAACGCAGGUAGUGUGUUCAUCGGACAAUGGACUCCCGAAAGCGUGGGUGAUUAUUCUGCCGGUGUCAACCACUCACUACCUACAUAUGGUUAUGCCAAGCAAUACUCGGGAGUUAACCUAGGAUCGUUCGUCAAGCAUAUCACAAGCUCGAACUUAACCGCCGAGGGUCUUCAGAAUGUAGGAGAUGCGGUUAUGCAGCUGGCUAAGGUGGAAGAGCUCGAAGCCCACCGGAGAGCCGUGAGCAUCCGUCUCAGUACCUUGACUGGAUCUCAGAUAUAA